GUUUUCCGACCUCAAAGUGCGUGGUCGCUAGAAGAAAGGUGAACGACCGAGAGGAAGAUAGAGAAGAGAGGAGCUUCGCUAGUUUCUGCCCUCCCAAAUCCAUGGCGGAUAACCUAUUCCAGGGUCUCCCUCCUCCCUCCGCGACGCCUCCAGCGGCCCCAGAGCAGCCCCCAACUUCUGUCAAGAGAGAUCCAUCUCCGGCUCCCUCCUCCGCCGCCGCCGCCGCCCCGCCUUCUCCCCUCAAGAGCGCCCUCAAGCGAGAUAAGCCCCCCGAGUCCCACGACUUAGCACCCCAGAAGAAAUUGAGAUUCAAAACAAGUGUUGAUGCAACAGAAACACAGAUUAUAGAAGCAAUGCAAAAGAUAGCAUCACAUAUAAAGAAUCCUUUGAAGUUCAGCAAGGCGUCAAAGCUUGCUAUGCAACUAAUCCAGGCUGGAAGUGUGAAGCCAGGGACUAGUGAUCACUUCUUUGCUGUAUUGGAGGCUGCAAUGUCUCCACCAACAGCUUGUAAUGACCCUGCACUAAGAGCAGAUUAUCAGGCCCUGUUCUCUGCAGUUCAAGAUGUUACAGAGUGCUUCAAUAAGCAGCAGAAAAAUCUAUUAAUAACAUGGACAUUGCGGGCGGUGGUGGCAAAUGAUCUUUACACUGAUGACAGCUUUGUGUAUUCAAAAGCAGCAGGAAAAAUCAAAGAAGCCAUUUCUAGCCUCCCUCCCGCCACCACGGAUGAUGACAAUGAUGAAGCGGCAGCACUGGCACUAGCUGAAAAUAAGGCCGUUGGCAUUAACAAUUGUCAGCAGAAAACUACAUCACUUGAUUUGUCUGAAUCAAAUAAAGGAGCAUCCGAUCCUUUUGGAUUAGAUGCUCUGCUCCCAAGUACAUCUAAGAAGGAUGAAAGAUCUAAAGUAAAGGAGGUAACAGCUGGAAACAGCAUGGCAGAAGAAGAAGAAUCCAAGAGAUUUAUCAAGUCUCAGAGAGAAGUUUUACUAUUAUGUUUGGAGAUUGCUGCAAAACGUUAUAAAGUACCCUGGGCCCAAACUGUGAUUGACAUAUUGGUCAAGCAUGCAUUUGACAACGUAGACAGGUUCACAUCUCAACAAAGAGAUGCAAUUGAGAAUCUCUGGGCUUCAAUAAAGGAACAGCAUGUCAGAAGGAAGCAGGGGAAAUCUGUCACUGGAAAACUUGACAUGAAUGCUUUUGAGUGGCUUCAGGAGAAGUAUGCCCAUCAGAAGAUCAGCAUUCGACAUGCUGUUGGAGGUGGCGGGGAACGCCGUGCUGAGCAGUGGCUUGGUUAACUGUUUCUAUGCCUAGACAUGGGUUUAUGGGAAACCAAAUGGAGCAUCUCCAUUUGUUUUAAGAUCAAAACUAUUUUCGUAUAUACUUGUGUUACUCAUUGUUUGAACUAAAGAGAAAUUUCAAAUUUUUACCACCAUCUUUGCCAACAGGAUGCUUUGCCAGAUCAA